UCAGGGAGAUUAAAGAUAUUGGGUGCGUGACUGUCAAACAGCUUAUGUUCUGCUUUUUGUUUGUCACAUGCGGUUGCUUGGGGAUGGUGAUUUAUAACCACACAGGGACUUAUAGUACUUUGAUAUAUAAUGCAAUAAUGGGGAUGGUGAAUUUUUUUGCAUUACUGAAUCUUGUUUUCUUUUGUACAUUUUAUCUAUCUCUUACACAAGUGGUUGGUUUCCAACUUUUCAUCAGUUUAGCUUUUAAAAAUUAUGCAUGUGUGUCAGUGUGUGAUGGAUUAGAAAAAAGUAAGAGAAUUGGUGAAUCAGUGUUUAAUUUUUUGACUUUAAUUUUCUUAUGGUUUCCAACUUUUCAUCAUUUUAAUAUUCACACUCCCUAGACUGGCCACACCCGGAAAAUCUCACAAAUCUGACCCGGACAAGUAUACUAAAGAACAGAAAAAAUAUAUAGUGAGAUAUAGCUUCAGGCAUGGUGCAAGAGAAAAAUCUAUUUAUUAAUGUAUUCCUCGAGUUGCUUAUUAUUCUAGAACUUGCUAUAUCUACUGCAACAACUAAAACGUGACUGGAAAUUUAAUUAGUACUUCAUCUCUACGACACUACAACAUCCACAGAUAUUAAUGUCUUCAAUUAACCUUGAUAAGAGUUGUCGCUGUGGUCAACACUUGAGAGGCAGCACGAUGAGCUCCAUAUGGAACGUUGCAAUGUUGAUAUUAGCCUUAGUGGUUGUGAGGAUCAGCCACUGGCUUUACCGAUGGUCAAACCCUAAGUGUAAUGGCAAGUUACCACCGGGAGCUAUGGGUUUUCCAAUCAUUGGAGAGACUAUUGAUUUCUUAAAGCCUUGUGGAUUCAACGAUAUCCCAACCUUUGUAAAGAAGAGGAUGAUAAGGUAUGGACUGUUGUUUCGGACAAACAUUUUCGGUUCCAAAACCGUGGUUUCGGCGGAUCCAGAUGUAAUCAACCAGAUUUUCCGGCAAGAGAACACGUCUUUUGGGCUAGGCUAUCCGGACAUACUUGUGAAAGUAUUUGGAAAAGAUAAUUUGUUCUUGAAGGAAGUGUUCAUCCACAAGUACCUCCACAAAGUCACUAUGCAAAUUAUUGGCUCCGAGGGUUUGAAGCAAACAAUGAUAGGAAACAUGGACAAAGCUACCCGCGACCAUUUUAGAUUGAAGGCUAGCCAGGGGAGCUUCAAUGUUCGUAAAGAAGUUGAAAACUUGAUUGUGGCGUACAUGACACCAAAGCUGAUAAGUAACCUUAAACCAGAGACGCAAUCAAAGCUUAUAGAUAAUCUCAACGCCUUCAAUCUUGAUUGGUUUCAGUCCUUCUUUAGUCUCUCUUCUUGGAAAGCUCUCAUCAAAGUCCUCAAGUCACGCGGAGAAGCGAUUCAGGUGAUGAAAGACGUUCUCAGUAUGAGAAGAGAGUCACGAGAGAAGCAAGAAGACUUCCUCAACACGUUGCUAGAAGAACUGGACAAAGAAAGUAGCAUUUUCGACCAAGGAUCCGCUACAAACCUCAUCUUCCUUCUGGCAUUCGUCGCGAGAGAAGGUACCUCCAGUUGUACUGCUUUGGCCGUGAAAUUCAUAUCCAAAGACCCGAAAGUGCUUGCAGAGCUCAAGCGUGAGCAUAAGGCAAUUGUAGACAACAGAAAAGAUAAGAAAGCUGGAGUUAGCUGGGAAGAAUACACACACAACAUGACUUUCACAAACAUGGUUAUCAAUGAGUCGCUUCGCCUGUCAAACACGACCCCUUUAUUGUUUCGAAAGGCACUGCACGAUGUUGAGAUCAAAGGAUAUACAAUUCCGGCUGGUUGGAUUGUGGCAGUUGCACCUUCAGCGGUUCAUUAUGAUCCUAUAAACUAUGAGAACCCAUUUGAGUUUAAUCCAUGGAGAUGGGAGGGGAAAGAAAUGACUCGGGGGUCUAAAACGUUCAUGGCGUUUGGAAGUGGAGUUAGACUUUGUGUAGGUGCAGAGUUUGCGCGGCUUCAAAUGGCAAUCUUCCUUCUUUGA